AUGCUCUAUGACCUUAACAUCCACUGGACGCCGCAGACCCCGACCUCUGAGCUUGAGCGCACCCUCAAAUUCAGCGCCUCGCUGGGCUACAAUGUCGUCGCCAUAAACCACACUUUCUCGGCACCCAUACCCUCACAGAUCAACAAUCCUAUACCACAUCUUGGGCCUAUCCAUUCAUCAUUCCCGCAACACAACCACCACCAACCGUCCUCCACGCCCAACCCCACAAGCGACGAUGCCACCGCGAGCAAGCUCCCCACGACCCUCCGCCGCGCCACAGUCAUAGUCUCCGACCCCACGACCAACUACCGGCUCCCCUCGGUGGCAGCCGCCUAUGACAUCCUCGCGUGCCGGCCCACGACGGACAAGGCGUUCUCGGCAGCGUGCACGACCAUGUCAGAGAUCUCCAUGAUCAGCCUGGACCUGACGCAGUUCUUCCCCUUCCACUUCAAGCCGAAACCCUGCAUGGCCGCGGUGAACAGGGGCGUCUACUUCGAGAUAUGCUACGGCCAGCUGGUCGGGAGCAGUGACCAGAGGGCGCGCAGCGUGUGGAUCGCCAACGUCAUCGAGCUGCUGAGAGCCACCAGGGGGCGCGGGAUCGUGCUGAGCUCUGAGGGGAAGGGGGCGGGGAGCCUGAGGGCGCCGGCGGAUGUUGUGAACUUGCUCGCGGUCUGGGGAUUGGGCCCGGAGAAAGGCCUGGAGAGCCUCGGAGUGAAGCCUCGGGCGGUGGUCGUCAACGAGGGACUCAAGAGAAGGGCAUUUAAGGGUGUUGUGGACAUUGUGGAUUCCGAGGGCAAGAUACCAGGGCGUGAUACUGAGGGCAAAGACGCUGGCGGAGACCAUAAAAAGAAUCAGACUGGCAAGAAGCAGCAAGGCCAAAAUCAGCAACAACCCAAGGGCAAAAAUGAAGGCGGCAAGCGGAAACAUGAAGGCGGCGGGGAUGAUGGAGGCGGUGGUGACCAAACCUCGCUGCCGGUCAUGAGCAAGAGGCAAGCCAAGAAAAUGAAGCUGGCUGACAAGAAAGCAGUGUCGGAGUCAACGAAGAGUUCGAAGUAG